AUGACACAAUCUAUCCAUUCAGUUGCUUCUGAAAUUGUUUACGAGCACAACAAACACAUUGUUCACCCACCUACGUUCACUUGUUGUGCCAUUAAAAAGUACUUUAGAACUAGGUUCAGCUCUUUAUGGGUUGGAAAAGCCGAGUUGAGUCAGUAUUCAUGGUGCGAAAUUCUUAACCCAUUUCAAGCAUUGACUGAGUUGAACUUGCAUCAUUGGAAUUUUUUUUUGUUGGGUUUUUGGGGCUGGACAUGGGAUGCGUUUGAUUUUUUUGUCACUAGUCUUAAUGUCACCAACAUUGCUACUGAUUUGAAUGUGUCAACCAAGGAUGUUACAUGGGGUAUUACGUUGGUGUUGAUGUUUCGUACCGUUGGUGCAGUGAUUUUUGGGUCUAUUGGAGAUACAUUUGGUAGGAAAUGGCCAUACAUUAUCAAUAUGCUUUUGCUUAUGGCAAUUCAAGUUGGAACUGGGUUUGUCACCACUUAUCAACAAUUUCUUGGUGUCAGGGCAUUAUUUGGUAUUGCUAUGGGAGGUAUUUAUGGAAAUUGUGCAGCAGAGGCCCUUAGUGAUGCUCCAAAAAGAGCAAGGGGUGUCUUGUCGGGAAUCUUCCAAGAAGGUUACGCUUUUGGAUAUUUGCUAGCAGUGUGCUUCCAAAGAGCUUUUGAUAAUACCACACGAACUUGGCAAAAUAUGUUUUUCUUUUCGGCUGGUGUACCAGUAAUCUUUAUCAUUUGGAGGUUCAUCAAUCCAGAGACAGACAACUAUCAACGCCAGAAAGCAAGAUUUGAACAGGGAGCUAUUCAAAAGCAUUCAAAAGUUGCUGAAUUUACAAGUGAAGCGAAAAGAGCCAUGAAAGCUUACUGGUUGAUUAUCAUCUACAUGGUGUUUAUGAUGUCUGGGUUCAACUUUUCUUCUCAUGGUUCUCAAGAUUUGUACCCAACAAUGUUGAUCGAGGAAUACAACUUUGGACAUGAUAGGUCUACCGUGGUUAAUGUUUGUGCCAACUUGGGUGCUAUUGUUGGUGGUAUCAUCAUCUCCCACGCUUCUACGUUUAUUGGAAGACGUGCUGCAAUCUUGAUUGGUAAUGUCACCGCAGCAGCUUUUAUUUAUCCCUGGGCAUUCAAACCAAUGUGGAUUACCGCCUUUUUUAUGCAAUUCGGUAUUCAAGGCUCAUGGUCGGUUGUUCCCAUCCAUUUGAACGAGUUGGCUCCGCCUCAAUUCAAAUCUGUUGUUGUUGGUACCUCUUACCAAUUGGGUAACUUAGUUAGUUCUGCUAGUGCAACCAUUGAAGCCACAAUGAAUGAGACGUUGCAUGAUUAUGGUAAAACUAUGGCCAUUUUUUUGGGUGCCAUUUUGGCUUAUUUGAUGCCCGUCGUGUUUUUCGGUCCGGAGAAUAGAGGUGCUGAUUUGGGCGUCGAAAGAGAUGAUGAGAUGAGUAUCUACGAUGUUGAAGGCAUGGAUGAUGAAAAGAAGGAUUCUACAUCGAAUGUGGAACUUGAAUAUUCGGAACAAGCACAGUACAAGGACGAUAAAGACAAAAAAGAGACAAAGGAAACGACAGAAGUUUAG